ACAAACGGUCCCCCCUCAGCUGGACGCACGGACACGCCCCGCGUUAAAAGAUUCAUCAUAUCAUGCUUGCAUUGCAGUGUCACUUCCAGUAGUAACCACAUAGUCGCCGGAUCAAUCGCAUACGCUCGAGACGAGACCGCCGGCCUAUGCCAUGGCCGUGGGCGCGGCGAGCAGGCGGUACAUCGGGCCCCUCCUGUGCAUCAACCUCGUCAUGCACGCCGCCGUCCUCGGCAUCUCCGGCUGGUCGCUCAACAAGUUCAUCGACCGCGAGACGCACCGCCAUCUAGGGGGUAACACGGCGACGGGGUACCUGCUCGUCUUCUCGCUCAUGGCGGGGGUGGUCGGCGCCUGCUCGGUGCUCCCGGCCCUGCUCCACGUCAGGGCGCCCUGGCACAGCGAGAGCCUCGCCGCCGCGGCCUCCACCGGUCUCGUCUCCUGGGCGCUCACCGCCCUCGCCUUCGGCCUCGCGUGCAAGCAUAUCACUCUAGGGAACCGAGGAAGGCGCCUGAGGACGUUGGAGGCCUUCAUCACGAUCUCGACGCUGACACAGCUCUUCUACCUGCUUCUGCUGCACGCCGGCGCCUUGAGCGGCGUGCUUGGAGUUGGACAGGCGUGCGGGAACCAGGGCGAGACCUGCUGCCGCGAGAUCGCUCGAGCUCGCGGAGAGCUCGGCGCGGACCAUAAGAAGGCGGGAGGGGAUCCGCCGCCGGAUGCAUGACCAACACUACCGGAAACCUGAAUUGCCCCGACUGCCGACAACUGUAUCGAGUGCAGUGCAUUGUAUAGUAACUAAGUAGUAACUAGUCAUAGUGGGGAGUAACUAAGUAGUAACAUCAACGCCACGUGGGCAAAAAAUCUGACGUGGCAAGUAUUUAAUGUGGAGAGAGAUGGUAGUGGUAACAUAGCUAGUUACCAUCACAUCACAUAUUUCAAUGCACUAUGUGUCUACAACCUAAUAAAUGUUUGUUUGCAUGA